AUGCCGAGAAGACAGCAGCAUCCCAAAACGUGUGACACGGACACCACGCCAACGGAGCAGCCACAGACUCAUGACUGGAGGUCAACUGCUGACGCCGCUGCGAAUAUACCCAACAGUCUGUACGUCUCCAGAGCAGGAGUGUACGAUCCUCCAGACGACAGCAAGAAGAAAAAGUGGUUCAACCGAUGUCGUAAGCUAUGGCAAGUUUCCAACCCCGUGCUCGUUGUGGUUAUGGCAGUGCUACUGCUGUACUUUGCAGGUAAAUACACCGAGGAGAUGGGGAAGCUUCAGGCGCGCGUUCAGGAGCUAGAGCAAGACAACAAGAGAAUAACCACGUCAGCUGCCUGGUCACCUGGGCCUCCUGGACCAAUUGGGCCACCUGGACCCUCAGGAGAAAAGGGAGCCGUGGGAGCAGCUGGCCCUACGGGAAAUAAAGGAGCCGUGGGACCAGCUGGCCCUAAGGGAAAGAGAGGAGCCGUACGCGUGGGACCAGCUGGCCCUAUGGGAGAGAAGGGAGCCGUGGGACCAGCUGGCCCUACGGGAAAUAAAGGAGCCGUGGGACCAACUGGCCCUACGGGAAAGAGAGGAGCCGUGGGACCAGCUGGCCCUAAGGGAAGGAGGGGAGCCGUGGGACCAGCUGGCCCUACGGGAAAGAGGGGAGCCGUGGGGCCAGCUGGCCCUACAGGAAGAAAGGGAGCCAUGGGACCAGCUGGUCCUACGGGAAGAAAGGGAGCCAUGGGGCCAGUCGGCCCUAGAGGACGAAAGGGAGCCGUGGGGCCAGCUGGUCCUACGGGAGAGAAAGGAGCCAUGGGGCCAGCUGGUCCUACGGGAGAAAAGGGGCCCAUAAGGCCAGUUGCUGUGAGGGUGGGUGGGUCGCCAGGAGCAUUCGGCCCACCAGGGAUGUCACCAGGGAUGCCACGUCGCCCUGAACGUGGAUCUCCUUGCCCCGAAGACGGUUACAAGGUGUACCGUGGAACCUGCUACAAGGCUUUCAACACCCGGAAGACAUUCAGCGAUGCAGGCGCGACCUGUCGUCAAAAUGGCGGCACCCUCGCCAUGCCCAAAGACCGUGACACCACGCCAACGGAGCAGCCACAGACUCAUGACUGGAGGUCAACUGCGGACGCCGCUGCGAAUAUACCCAACAGUCUGUACGUCUCCAGAGCAGGAGUGUGCGAUCCGCCAGACGACAGCAAGAAGAAAAAGUGGUUCAACCGAUGUCGUAAGCUAUGGCAAGUUUCCAACCCCGUGCUCGUUGUGGUAAUGGCAGUGCUACUGCUGUACUUUGCAGGUAAAUACACCGAGGAGAUGGGGAUGCUUCAGGCGCGCGUUCAGGAGCUAGAGCGAGACAACGAGAGGAUAACCACAGAGGAGCCGUGGGGCCAGCUGGCCUACGGGAAGAAUGGAGCCGUGGCACCAGCUGGCCUACGGGAAAGAGAGGAGCCGUGGGACCAGCUGGCCCUACGGGAGAAAGGAGCCGUGGGACCAGCUGGCCCCAAGGGAAAGAGAGGAGCCGUGGGACCAGCUGGCCCUAAAGGAGGAAAGGGAGCCAUGGGGCCACCUGGCCCUACGGGAGAAAAGGGGCCCAUAAGGCCAGUUGAUGUGAGGGUAGAUCAUGUGCUGGGAAAGAAGUAG